UUCUGUUUCGAGGAAACUUACAUCUACAAUUUCCACAAAAUUUUGGGAGUUCCAUUUCAAACGGUGAACCACAAAGUCAGAGCUGUGUGCAUCAGCUUCAGCUCUACCAUUCGUUCUAACAUAGCUAAUAACCACAUGAUCACUAUCUCCACUGAUCACACCACCUAAAUAAAUUCAAUUCCUAUCUCCCAUAGCCAUAGAUGAAUCAAAUAUGGACUGCUACAGCCGGGAAAGUGAAGUAAAAGCUUUCGAUGAUGCCAAAACCGGCGUUAAAGGCUUACUCGAAAGCGGCAUAACUAAAGUUCCUAAAUUCUUCAUAAACCCCCAAAUUGAUCCACAACAAACCCUCAUCACCUCAGCCAACGCGCAAUUCGAGUUCCCAUUGAUUGACCUAGAUGGCGUCGCCGAUGAUCCGAUCAAGCGCGAGGCCGUCGUCGACGCCGUUCGCGAAGCUUCCGAGACUUGGGGAUUUUUCCAAGUGAUCAACCAUGGGAUUCCGGAGGCUGUAUUGGAGGAUAUGAUCGAUGGAGUGCGCCGCUUCUUCGGUCAAGAUGAUGAAGAGAAGAAGAAGUGGUAUACGAGGGAUUUGAAAGCGAGGGUUGUUUACAACACCAAUUUUGAUCUGUAUAGCUCGCCGUCGGCUAAUUGGAGAGACACUGUUUUCUGUGAAAUGGCUCCGGAUCUUCCUCAACCCGAGCAAUUGCCCUCUGUUUGCAGUGAUAUAAUGAUUGAAUACACAAAACAAGUGAUGAAGCUAGGAAGAAGUUUGUUCCAAAUAUUAUCCGAGUCACUCGGUCUCAAGGCCAAUCACCUUCUUGACAUGAAAUGCGCGGCCGGGCUUACCAUGUUGCUGCAUUACUACCCGGAAUGCCCUCAGCCAGAGCUAACACUAGGCACGAGCAAGCACUCAGACAGCGACUUCCUAACGGUGCUUCUGACCGACCAACUACAAGGCCUGCAAGUGCUCUACCAGAACCAGUGGGUUGAUGUGCCCUUUGUGCCAGGAGCUCUUGUGGUAAAUAUUGGUGAUCUUCUUCAGCUUGUAUCAAAUGACAGAUUUGCUAGUGCUGAGCACAGAGUAGUAGUGAAUAGCUCGAGUCCGAGAGUUUCAGUCGCCUGUUUCAUGAACAACACUGAAAAGUCCACAGAGAUCUAUUUGCCGAUUGAAGAGCUGGUAUCAGAAGAUAAUCCGGCCAGAUAUAGGGCAACUACUGCGGAAGAGUAUGCUUCCCACUACAGGUCCAAGGGACUGGAUGGGACUUCUGCUUUGUCGCAUUUUCGAGUUUGAACUUAAGUUACUGCAUUUUGAUGGGGUUGGAGAUGGUGGAAAUGUUAUAAAGAUGAGGUAGAGUUCAUGUUAA